AUUGUCUGUACGUGUAUCUUAUAAUCACGGACUCAUGGACUGUCGUAAAGUCACACUCGUGCUGGUGCCAUCGUCCAUCUCCUGGUUGAAAACAAUUCACACAAAGGGGUAGACGAACAACAAUUCGAUGAAAACAGCAACCAUGUGCAGUAUGUAUGUAUGUAUGCAUGCGAGGAUAUAUUGCAGGGAAGCAGUGGAGGUAUGAAAAGGAAAUAUGCUAACGAGGGUGGAGCUUGAGUAGGGCGAAUACUAAAAGAUGAUCCGUCAGUAGAAACGUGAACUUGGGAGACGUGAGUAGCUAAAGCAGGAGAUGUAAGUAGAAGCGGUUACGAGUAUAUAAGCAAGUAUGUAUGAGAAGUAUAUUUGCAUGUCAGUGUAUAUGCAUGUGGUAGAAAACGUUAGUAUUAUGUAUCAAUCCGUCGACGUAGAUUGGAUCAAAUGUGGCUUGGCGUUUAGACGUAUAUUGUAUGUGCGUGUGCGUGUUGAGGCAGUAGGAGUAUGGACGUGCGGGUACGCUGUACAGCGGACGAUCCGGCCUGUCCAAGAAACAGAGGAGCGGCUUUACACGUACACGCCGUUGUGGUACUCGAUUGGGGCACGAAGUAUGGGAAGGGGUAAAGGCGAUGGGCAGUGGGGAGGCCGAGAAUGAUCAUAUGAGCGGGUAGGGCGAGUAGAUGGGCCGCGUUUGGUGUACGGCGUUUGGUGUACGAACAGAUACGGGA